CGUCCCUCCCGGGUUCGCUUUCCGGCAGAGUGGCUCCCCCGGCUCCAUAUACGACAGCGUGGCGCGUCCCGGCUAACCUGUUUUACGGCGCGGUGUCGCGCGGCGCAGCUGCCGGCCGCGGCCAUGGACGUUGGGGAGCUGCUCAGCUAUCAGCCAAACCGAGGGACAAAAAGGCCCCGUGAUGAAGAGGAGGAAGAAAUCAAAGCCCGUCGGAAACAAGGCACUGCACGAGAGCACAGUCGGCACCGGGAGGAGGAGUCCACACAGGAGGAGACGGAUGAUGAAAAGAAGAAACUUCUUCAGAUAAUUGAGAGGGAUGGAGAAGAGGAAGAAGAAGAGGAUGAACCUUUGGAUGAAAGUUCAGUGAAGAAGAUGAUUCUCACCUUUGAGAAGAGAUCUUACAAAAACCAGGAGCUGCGGAUCAAGUUUCCCGACAACCCAGAGAAGUUCAUGGAAUCCGAGCUGGAUUUAAAUGACAUCAUUCAGGAGAUGCACGUGAUUGCGACGAUGCCGGACCUGUAUCACCUGCUGGUGGAGCUGAAUGCUGUGCAGUCUCUUCUUGGGCUGCUGGGACACGACAACACAGAUAUUUCCAUCGCCGUGGUAGACCUGCUGCAAGAACUGACUGACAUCGAUACUCUCCAUGAGAGUGAGGAGGGAGCCGAAGUCCUCAUAGACGCUCUAGUGGAGGGCCAGGUCGUGGCCUUAUUGGUCCAGAAUUUAGAGCGCCUGGAUGAAAGUGUGAAAGAGGAAGCUGAUGGUGUCCACAACACAUUGGCAAUCGUUGAGAACAUGGCAGAGUUCCGGCCGGAGAUGUGCACAGAAGCCGCGCAGCAAGGCCUCACACAGUGGCUGCUCAAGAGGCUGAAGGCAAAGAUGCCCUUUGAUGCCAACAAGCUGUACUGCAGUGAGGUGCUGGCUAUUCUGCUCCAGAACAGCGAUGACAACAGAGAAUUGCUUGGGGAGCUGGAUGGAAUCGAUGUGCUGCUUCAGCAGUUAUCUGUAUUUAAACGACAUAACCCCAGUACGGCAGAAGAACAGGAGAUGAUGGAGAACCUGUUUGACUGCCUUUGCUCCUGCCUGAUGCUCAGUUCCAAUCGUGAUCGCUUCCUCAAAGGCGAGGGCCUGCAGCUGAUGAAUCUGAUGCUCAGAGAGAAGAAGAUUUCCCGCAGCAGCGCCCUUAAGGUGCUGGACCAUGCCAUGAUUGGGCCAGAGGGCACAGACAACUGCCACAAGUUCGUGGACAUCCUGGGCCUGCGGACCAUCUUCCCACUCUUCAUGAAAUCCCCCAGAAAGAUCAAGAAAGUUGGAACAACUGAAAAAGAACAUGAAGAACAUGUCUGUUCCAUCCUGGCCUCCCUUCUGCGAAACCUGAGAGGGCAGCAAAGGACACGGUUACUGAAUAAAUUCACAGAGAACGACAGCGAGAAGGUUGAUAGGCUGAUGGAACUCUAUUUUAAGUACCUGGAUGCCAUGCAGGCAGCUGAUAAGAAGAUUGAUGGAGAGAAACAUGACAUGGUGCGGCGGGGAGAGAUAAUCGACGAUUACAUGGAAUAUGAAUUCUAUUUCCGCCGCCUGGAUGCCGGUCUCUUUGUUCUGCAGCUCAUCUGUUACAUCAUGGCAGAGAUCUGCAAUGCCAACGUUCCCCAGAUUCGUCAGAGAGUUCAUCAGAUCCUGAACAUGAGAGGCAGCUCCAUUAAAAUUGUUCGACACAUCCUGAAGGAGUACGCAGAGAACAUCGGGGAUGGGAAGAAUCAGGAGUUUCAGGAGAGUGAGCAGAAGCGGAUCCUGGACCUGCUGGAGAACUUCUGAGGGCUGUGGGGCCCAUUCUGUGUCAGCCCCGGGGAUGCAGCGCCUGCUUCUCCCUACUCCUGCCCUCCUCCAGCCUUGAUUGCACAAUAAAAAUGAUGUUUCUGUGAAACUGCUUCUAACUGGGAUUUUGGAGAUAUUAAAGAUAGAU